AUGUCGCCUUACCUUCGAGUUUUUGUCGUCAGUGUUCUCUUGACCGCCGCGCUCGGUGCCACACUGUAUGUCUCGCCCAGCGAUUCCAGCAGCGGUACUGGAGCGAUAGACAAGCCGUUCCACUCCAUCCAGGCUGCUGUGGACGCUGCCACCUCACCCUCGACGAUCUACUUGAGAGGAGGCACUUACUCGCCAACUACGAACAUCCAGAUCACGAAAAGUGGCAAGGCAGGUCACCCGUUCGUCAUCUCAGCGUACCAGAGCGAAAAGGUCGUCAUUGAUGGGGAGGCGUUGCCUGGGACGCCGUCAGCAUUGAACGCGGAGCUGCCGAACACGCAGCGCGGAAUUUUCCACAUCGAGAAUGCGGAUUUCUGGGAAUUCUACAACCUCGAGCUCAAGAACGGGCCGUAUGGCGUGUACCAUCGGGAUUCGUCGAACAACUACUACAGAAACAUCAUCACCAGGGACAACUACGAGACUGGGUUCCAAAUACAAGGCGCCUCUUCUAACAAUACAGUUUUAUAUUUAGAUUCGUAUGGAAACCGUGACCCAAGGAAAAACGGCGAGAGCGCCGAUGGUUUCGCGGUCAAGGAGGGAUCAGGUGUUGGCAACGUCCUAAACGGCGCACGUCUCUGGAACAACGUUGACGAUGGCCUGGAUCUUUGGGAAUUCAAGUCGGCUGUGACGAUCACGAACACCAUAGCCUGGGGCAAUGGUUUCAACCGCUGGGGCUUCUCCGACUUUGCGGGCGACGGUAACGGCUUCAAGCUCGGUGGAGGCGACGCCGCCGACAAAGGACCGGCGGACCACGUCGUGGCAAACUGCAUCGCGUUCCUCAACGCCGCCACCGGCUUCACCGACAACUCCCAGACCGGCAACUUCAGACUCUCGCGCAAUACGGCAUGGAAUAACGGCAAGGACGGGUUCAAGAUGGCCACUGCGGUGUCGACCUUGUCGGGAAACAUAGCGGCUUUGAACAAGGCCAGCCAGGCAAGCUUGAAAGGCAGCCAAAGUUCCAGUGGAAAUUCCUGGGAUGGCAGCACGACAUGGUCGAACAGUAGCUUCAAAAGUGUUGACACGAACUUGGUGACGGGAAGUAGGUCCAGUAACGGGAAGAUUGUGUCGAGCAACUUUUUGCUGCCCACAUCAGGUGCGAGCAUUGGCGCGACGACAACGUGGUAG